AUGGAUAACAGCAACCUCUGGGCCCGCCGCACAAACCCCGGCAAGCUUUCCCUCGCAACACCGGGCCAAGGGUCCAGUGGUGACACUUUCAGUCGCAAUGCCUCUUUCUCCAAGCGUCAAGGCGGCGAAACCCCAUCAUCGAUGAAACCGAAUCCUUUCAACACCACACCUGGAGGUCUCGUAUCUCCUACCAGUGGCGCUUCCAGCGCCUUUGGUCUGGGCUCAGGAGCAUUUGCUUCGUUUGGGUCGGCUAAAACUCCCAAGACGUCGGGCAAUCCUUUCGAGACGGCCAUGGCCUCAGCGUUCCCCAAGAAGGACUCGUCCAAAGUUAUUGGAAAAGCUCCUGGCAUGGUCGCGAUUUCCGAGAGCAACCAGACCGGAGCGCCCACAGCUCCUCUUUCACAUCCGCUGGUGGACUCGUGGACCUUCUGGUACCGACCUCCGAUCUCAAAGGCACACGGCUAUAUCGAGUACGAGAAAACACUACAUGAAAUCGCUACUGUGCGAACAGCGGAGGAGUUCUGGGAGAUGUAUGCUUACCUGAAGAGGCCCUCCGUACUUCCCGUUGUAUCGGACUUUCAUCUGUUCAAGAAGGGUGUCCGCCCGAUAUGGGAGGAUGAUAUCAACAAGAAGGGCGGCAAAUGGGUGGUGCGAAUGAAGAAGGGCGUGUCCGACCGAUACUGGGAAGAUCUUUUACUCAGCCUCAUUGGCGACCAAUUCGGCGACGCGGGUGAAGAUGUUUGCGGCGCUGUAUUGAGCGUGCGUAAUGGCGAGGACAUUCUCAGUAUCUGGACAAGAACCGAUGGUGGCCGAGUCAUCAAAAUUCGUGAGACUAUGAAGCAUGUCCUCAACUUCCCACCUAACACUCGCGUUGAAUUCAAGAGCCACGACUCCAGUAUUCAGCAACGGACAGCCAUCGAAGAGCAACGCCGUGAAAAAGCUGGCCAACACCAUCACCACGACAAGCGUCACACUGGCGGAGCUUCAAAGGCAGCUGAGCAGUCUCAAUCAUAG